CUCUACUUCCCUAGGAUAACGCAAACCUCCAUCACACGCUCAAAACAUUCUCUUCAACUUCUCCAUUUUGGUCCCGAAGCCAAGUGCACAUUAUCUCCCAACUCAUUCUUGUUCUCCUCCGAAGGAAAAAUCUUUCCUGUGGUCUUUAUCAAGUGCUCGCACGAGCUGUGUGCAAAAGAGGAGAGACGCACAGACGAUCGGUUUUGAAUUUGGAACGAUGGAGAUCCAGGAUCAUCACCAGCAUGCUCAGUGGUCUGACACCGACAGCAAUUGUAGCUCCAGACUUGGUUAUAGUGGCCCUCUGAGUAGCAUGAGCACCAAGAUCAGAAGCAAUGCAAGAUUCAGGGACGACCAAGAUGAGGAAUGCUACGUCGAGAUCACGCUAGAUGUUGGCGAAGAUAGCGUCUCAGUUCACGACAUUAAGGGAGGAGGAGAUCCUGAGACAGCAUUGUUCACGAGUCGCUUGGGGCUGCGGCCCUCGUCGCUCGGUGCACAGCUGUCGUUCAGGCUCAGACAAGUCUCACAAGAGCUCAGGCGAAUCACCUCGUCGAAAGGGCGUAAUAAUCAGAUCGAUAGGACUAGAUCCGGUGCUGCACGGGCAUUGCGAGGGCUCCAGUUUAUGACCAAGAAUGUCGAGAUCGAUCAAGGUUGGUCUGAGGUUGAAGCAAGGUUCGAUGAAUUGGCUUUUAAUGGAGUUCUUCCGAAAUCACUCUUCGGCCAGUGUAUAGGGAUGAAUGAAUCCAGUGAGUUUGCCAGCGAGCUAUUCGACGCGCUGGCACGACGGAGAGGCAUAACAUCGUCUGCAGUAAGCAAGCCUGAGCUACGGGAAUUCUGGGAACAGAUAGCUGAUCAAAGCUUCGAUGCGAGGUUGCAAACCUUCUUCGAUAUGGUAGACAAAAAUGCAGAUGGUCGGAUCACCGAGGAAGAGGUGAAAGAGAUAAUUGCACUAAGCGCUUCAGCGAAUAAGCUGUCAAAGAUCCAAGAACAAGCUGAGGAAUAUGCAGCCUUGAUCAUGGAAGAGUUGGAUCCUAGUAAUCUGGGAUACAUUGAGGUACAUCAUCUGCUGAACUCCUGUUUUAGCUACACAACCUGGGAGACACUCCUCUUGCAAGCCCCGAUCCAAUCAAGGUCGGCCCACGCCGGGUCCGAGAGCCGGGUCCUGAGCCAGAUGCUGAGCCAGAAGCUGGUCCCAACCAGAGAGCACAACCCCAUCAAGAGAUACUACAAGGCACUGGCCUACUUCAUUGAGGACAAUUGGAAGAGGAUUUGGGUCAUGGGCCUAUGGAUCUCAAUCUGUGCAGGCCUGUUCACUUGGAAGUUCAUCCAGUACAAGCACAGAGCUGUGUUUGAUGUGAUGGGCUACUGUGUGACCACAGCUAAAGGUGGAGCUGAGACUACCAAGUUCAACAUGGCCCUGAUUUUGCUUCCAGUUUGCAGAAACACAGUCACUUGGCUGAGGAGUAGAACCAGGUUGGGUGUGAUUGUUCCCUUCAAUGACAACAUCAAUUUCCACAAGGUGAUAGCUUGGGGCAUUGCGGUUGGGGUUGGUCUACAUGCUGGAGCCCAUCUGACCUGCGACUUCCCUAGGCUGCUCCAUGCCACCGAUGCUGAAUACGAGCCAAUGAAGCAGUUCUUCGGCGAGAAGCGCCCCAAUAACUACUGGUGGUUCGUGAAAGGGACUGAGGGCUGGACCGGUGUGUCCAUGCUGGUGCUGAUGACCAUAGCAUACACCUUAGCCCAGCCCUGGUUCCGCCGCAACCGGCUGGACCUCCCCAAGACCCUCAAAAAGCUCACCGGGUUCAAUGCUUUUUGGUACUCGCACCACCUCUUUGUGAUCGUCUACGUGCUCUUCGUGAUACACGGCUACUUCUUGUAUUUAGCCAAGAAGUGGUACAAGAGAACGACCUGGAUGUAUCUUGCAGUACCAGUCACAUUAUAUGCGUCCGAGCGCUUGCUCCGUGCUCUCAGGUCCGGGUACAAGACCGUGCGGAUCUUCAAGGUUGCAGUUUAUCCAGGAAAUGUCAUGGCUCUGCACAUGUCUAAGCCUCAAGGCUUCAGAUACACAAGCGGUCAAUACAUUUUUGUGAACUGUGCAGCUGUUUCUCCAUUCCAAUGGCAUCCAUUUUCGAUCACCUCAGCACCCGGCGAUGAUUACUUAAGCCUUCAUAUACGCACCGUGGGCGACUGGACAUCUCAGCUUAAAUCUGUAUUCUCGAAGGCAUGUCAACCUCCAUCAAUUGAUCAAAGUGGACUUCUAAGAGCAGAUAUCGCAACAGGAGAAAAUGUGCCCAGGAUUCCGAGGCUCUUGAUCGACGGUCCAUAUGGUGCUCCAGCACAAGACUACAAGAAUUACGACGUGCUUCUCCUAGUCGGGCUUGGCAUCGGUGCGACACCAUUGAUCAGCAUCGUCAAGGACGUCCUCAACAACAUCAAGCAGCAGAAAGAGAUGGAAAAGGGCAUCGUAGAGAGCGGCGCGAAGAGCAACAAGCGAAAGCCGUUCCUGACCCGGCGGGCCUACUUCUACUGGGUCACCCGUGAGCAGGGCUCGUUCGAGUGGUUCAGAGGCGUGAUGAACGAGGUCGCCGAGAACGACAGGGACGGCGUGAUCGAGCUCCACAACUACUGCACCAGCGUGUACGAAGAGGGCGACGCCCGGUCGGCCCUGAUCGCGAUGCUCCAGUCCCUGAACCACGCCAAGAACGGGGUCGACAUCGUGUCGGGCACCCGGGUACGGACGCACUUCGCGAGGCCCAACUGGCGCAACGUCUUCAAGCACGUCGCGGUCAACCACCCCGACGAAAGAGUUGGAGUGUUUUAUUGUGGCGUACAAGGGGUGGUUGGGGAGAUGAGGAGGUUGGCUCAGGACUUCUCCCACAAGACCACCACCAAGUUCUAUUUCCACAAAGAGAACUUUUAGCUUUUUAGGUUUAUAUACUUUAUGAAUGUGUCAUAUAUGUGAUAUUAAUACAGAUUCUUAUGUAUGCCAAAUGUAUCAAUUACAAUCUCACACCGUCCAAAAGGGUCGGUCCAGCACCUGCCUUUUUUGUUACCUUUAGAUCUUAUUAGUGCAUGUAUAAAUGAAUAUGUGAAAAAGAGUUUAGGAUAA